GGUCCCGGCGCGGGGGCGCGGGGGGGCGCGGGGGGCGGCGCGGGCCCCGCUCAGCCUGAUUUACGGCUCUGCUGAAAACCGCUUCGCUCCCGCAGCACCAGCACCGGCCGCCGCGGCAGCAGCAGCGGCUGCAGCUGCAGCAACAAGUCGGGACUUGAAGAGUGAUGCAACAGAAGGCUUUUGAGGACAGCAGAUACCCCUGGCAGGAGUCCUUGGAGAAUGUCGCUGUGUGCCUGCCGUUCCGCUGCCCGAGGUGUGGCGACCACACCAGAUUUAGAAGUCUAUCUUCGCUGAGGGCCCAUCUGGAAUUCAGCCACAGCUACCAGGAAAGAACCCUCUUGACAAAAUGCAGCCUCUUUCCGUCCCUCAAAGACACGGACCUGGUCACGGCCUCAGAACCCCUGAAGCCCGGGAAACUGCAGGGCAGCGGCCACGUGGCGAAGCAGAAACCCAGCUACGUGAGCUUCUACAGCAUUUCGCACGAACACUCCCUGGACCGGAAGCCGCUGGAGGUGGUGGCCGAGCGGCCCGAGCGGCCCGUGUCCUACCUGCAGACCUACACGGCGGCCGACCUGCGCGCAGACCCGCUGGAGGGGCUGCGCGCCAGCCCUGGCCUGCCCGCCGCCUCCGACACCAAAGCGGCUUUCGAGGCUCACGUCAGAGAAAAGUUCAACCGGAUGGUCGAGGCCGUGGACAGGACCAUCGAGAAGAGAAUCGAUAAACUCACCAAAGAGCUGGCCCAGAAAACCGCCGAACUGUUGGAAGUCCGGGCUGCCUUUGUGCAGCUGACGCAGAAAAAGCAAGAAGUGCAGAGGCGGGAGCGGGCCCUGAACCGGCAGGUGGACGUGGCCGUGGAGAUGAUCGCGGCCCUCCGGCAGCGGCUGACCGAGUCGGAGGAGGAGCUGCUCAGGAAGGAAGAAGAAGUUGUUACAUUCAACCAUUUCCUGGAAGCAGCAGCUGAGAAGGAGGUUCAAGGGAAAGCUCGGCUCCAGGACUUUAUUGAGAAUCUGUUGCAACGGGUAGAACUGGCGGAAAAGCAGUUAGAGUACUAUCAGAGCCAGCAGUCCGCCGGCCUCUGCCGAGACAUCAGUGAGCACGUGCUUACAGAUAUCUCAUCAAAUAGGAAACCCAAAUGCCUAAGUAGAGGGCACCCACAUCCUGUGUGCAACCACGUUGAUCUCAAGACCCAUUUUCAUCCAAAAGGAAGGAGCUACCUGAGAAAAGCCAAGGAUGACAGAACCAGCAUGCAGCCUGCUAAGUCCAUUCAUGAACAGGCUGAGUCCCCAAGAGAACUCUGCAGACCAUCGAAGAAAGGGGAGCCUCUGGGUUUUAGCCGGAAAGGCAACAUCAGGCCCAAAGUGGCCAAAAAAAAGCCAACAGCAAUUGUGAACAUCAUCUGAAAGGGUCGUGGCCCUGGACUACCAUUGCUGGGCUUUGCAGAAUGUUGUUCUGGGAGCCAACAAUGCCCUUUUGGAUGCAUCCCAUAGUAAGACACAUUGGGAAAAAGAAGGGCAUAACACAUUUAUUUCACAUCCAUACAGGCACCUGGAUUAACCAGAAUUUUUGAAAGGGGAAUCUUGGGGAACCAGAAAUUUAUUAUAGGCUCCUAAAAUUAUUUAUAGGCUCCUUUUAGAAGCAAGAGGCAGAUUAUAGAAAGAUUUGAGGGAAAAAAAUGAAAAGUCUUCUCCCAAAAUUUUAAUAAAAGAAAGCUCCCAAGUUGUUAAAUAAAUUGACCACUCUCCAGUAGUUUCUGCAUCUGGGGUUCUGUGCAGGGGCCACACAAGAUUCAGACACGAGGAGAAAAGUCUUCUGUGUCUGCUGCUCCCUAACUUGUGGGGCAAAGGAUGGGAAUGCAAAAUUCUCUUAAUAGCAGUGAAAUAGUAAUAACUUUUAACUUUGCCCUCAGUUAUUUUGAAAGCAUCCAAAAUAAGGAUUCCUGUUUCCCCAAGUAUUCUGGUUAAUCGAGCUUUCAAUGUCUGGGUUGCUUCCAGGACUCGUUUUGUUAGACUUCAGUUCUCAUUCCUAGUUAGUUUGAUUCAGGUUUGUUGAUUCUCUGGAUGUAUGUUUAUUCUGGCUUUGGGGCGCCUCUGCUCUCCUUCAGCUGAGCAUUCUGCACCCCAAGACUGAGCUGCAGCCUCUAUCUUCAGAGCUGUUAGUGUUACCUGUGGUUGGCGCAGAAAACCCCCCUAAAAACCUUAAAAUCUUAAAAGUCUUUGAUCAGCGCCCAUCACCAGUUGCAGGUCUGCAGGGCUGGAGCACUGGUGGAUGGCACGUCUAGUGUAUCAUGAGCCAGCCUGGAAACAUGGCAGAUGUUACUCAGCCCUUUCCCAAGAUCUGCUUCCCUGGUAGUAGCAGCAGCCUCUAUGGGCUGUAGGCAUGACUAUCCACUUGCUGGUCUCAUUUUUCCACCUCCCACUGCUCCUGUGCCCUUUGAUGACUAAAUAUACAUCCUUACCUUUCAACCAGGUGUGUGAAGCGUUCACUGUACACUACUUUCUAAAGUAGUUUCUGAAACAAACGGUGCAUGUGGGAUCCACAGUCUGAGACUGUCCUCCUCUCCCUCCCUAAAAUAGCCUUUGUUUCCACAAAGAACCAUCUGUUAAGAACCUUCUGCUUUAUGAUUUUCUUCAAGAAUGAAUUUCCAUUUUUUUUUUAAUGUUAACAAUAUCAUCAGGUCUUCUGUAGAGUUUACAAGUGCUGACAUCCUUCUGGAAAACAGAGUAGUUAUGUCCACAAAUGUAUACAUAUAUAUAUAACACAAAAUAUAUAUGUUGAGUAUAUUAAUAAUUUAUUUUUAAAUACUCCUGCAAAAGGUGUGUGUUUGUGGUGGGUGGUUUUUAAACUAUAUACGUUAGUUCAUGUAAGUUGAAUUCUCUUAUUUUGAAAAUUAAAACUGUAACUUAAUUAACAUUAGUAGGAUGAUUGUUAUUGCAAUAAGCAUCAGAUUAUCAAUCAUAAAAAAUAGGUAUUAAGCAGUUAUUAAAAUGCCAGUAAACUGAAAAGUGUAACUUAUCAUUAUACAAACAUUUUGAACCUAUCAUAGUGAAAAUGUUGAUUUUUGACCUUCGCUUUGACAUCUGGCUCACAGGGGUGGGCCAUUCAUAUGGUGUAUAGGUAACUAUCAAGUGGGGAAAAAACAUUGCUGUGAAGUGAAUAUCACUGUUUAGGCUAACAUUGUAAAAAUUGUAAUGUUACAAUUAUUUAUUUGGAGAGUUAGUCUCCUACAAAGUUAUUUAUUAUUGAUGUUUAUACCAUGAUUGCACUCUAGCCUUUUACAUACUAAAAAAUUGACUUGUUAGUUGUAUUGCAUGCCCUUUGUCCCGUAACAUGUGUGUGCAAUGACAACAACUUGUUUUUAAAGGUGGUAUAGCCAGAUUUUUUUUUUGUUUUAUUUAAUGUAACCCACAUUUUCAGUUUUUAUUUAAUAUGCCUAGAGGGCAUGACAGCCCUCUUUGACAGUGGUACUCCGUGAUCUUCAGAAAGCACCAUAAUGUCAUAUCUACUCUAUAUACAUUACCCAAGACAAAUGAUUUAUUUAAGAGUUACUAUAUUAAAAAGUUCUUUUUAAUUCCAACUAAAUUCUCACCUUCAUAUAAGGAAAUGUAUUCUCACCUUCAUAUAAGGAAAUGUAUCUUCCUUAGAGACAUAAAUUUGCUGUUGAAACAUGGGAGCUGGCUCACUCUAAGGAAUAUUCCACUUACAUGCCAUGGCCUGAGCCAUGUACCAUGUCUCACUUGGGUCUUAUUUUUAAAUAUAUAUAUAUUUUUUGUCCACAUGGGCAGUCAGCCUGCGAGUUGAUUUUUGAAGAAAUUACCAAAGUUUCUGGGAAAACAUGUUCAAGGCUAAACUGAAGAAUGGAUCUAAUUUUAUUAUUUGUUUUGUAAGGAAGAAAUCUUUCUUUGAACUGGUCUUUCAUUCUUUCUUCCCAAACUAGGUUAUAGAUUUUCAACUGCAAAAUUCAGGUUGCUUAGACACUGUUUUCCAGCAUUCUGCAGGGUAGAUCAGUUGUAUGGAAGUUGGAAUGUUCUUUUCCCAGAAUUGAAAAGAAAAAGUUUUUAGAUUAUGAAAUAAAUAUUAUAAUAAUAAAGCUAUAUUUAUGAAUAA